AUGAUGCUCCGAAGAGCUCGCUGGAAAGCUUCUUUCCGAGUGACUGCUUUGCUACUAUUGCAACUUUUUAUCUGCGGUAAUACUGUGAGGGCUUACCAUGGAGAUCUGGAUGAGACGGUGGAGCACAUUAAAAUUGGUGGAUUGUUUGAUGGAACCACGGAAGAUGCGGAACUAGCCUUCCAGUACGCGGUUGAAGCAGUCAACAACGAGAAGCUAUCCUAUUCCAACUAUCAACUGGAGGCCCAGGCAGUGCAGGUUAAAUAUGGCGACCAGUUCGAUGUAUCAAAGAAGCUCUGCCGUCUGCUAAAGACUGGAGUGGCCGGCAUUUUUGGCCCAUCAUCGCCCAAAUCGGCUCUACACGUGCAGAGCGUGUGCGAUGAGAAGGAGAUGCCACACAUCGAGACACGCUGGGACGCAUACACCAAGCUGCCGACGCUGAACCUUCACCCACACCCGCACAUCAUGGGACGCGUCUUUCUCGAUCUGGUGGUAGCCUUCGAGUGGAAGUCCUUCACCAUCCUAUACGAAUCCGGACCAUGGCUACCGAGCAUAGCCGAUUUGCUCAAGAUGUACGACCCGAAGGGCUACACGGUAACGGUUCGCCAGCUAGACCUGCGGCUAAACGGUAACUACCGUGCAGUAUUGAGGCGCGUCAAACUCUCCGAGGACAAGCGUAUCAUACUCGCCUGCUCGAUAGACUCAAUGCCAGAGGUAUUGAAACAGGCGCAACAGGUGGGACUUCUGACGGAUCAUCAUCAAAUCAUUAUCACGUCGCUCGAUCUGCACACGAUCGAUCUCGAGCCGUACCAGUACAGUGGUACGAACAUUACCGGUGUGCGGUUGAUCGAUCCGGAGGAGGAAAAAAUCAAACAGGUAGCUGACUUUCUGAAUGCGUCACAAAUAGCCAAAACGUUGGAGUUGCAGGACGGACUGAACCCGGCAAAAAUGCGCGUUGAAACGGCGCUCAUGUACGAUGCGGUGUUGCUGUUUGCGGAAGCGCUUAAGCAUUUGAUCGGCACCGAACCGGUCCAUCCGCUCGAGCCGAUCUCGCUGAAGUGUGAUGAUUCGACCACGUGGAAGAAUGGGUACAGCGUGAUCAACUACAUGAAGAGUUCCACCAUCCACGGGCUAACGCGCAGCAUCAAGUUCGACCAUCAAGGGCACCGGUCCGACUUUCUGCUCGAUAUUAUCGAGCUAGGACCGGCCGGUCUCGAAAAGGUUGGCGUGUGGAACUCGACCGAAGGACUUAACUUUACGCGCAAGAAGGAGCAAACGCUGCUCGCAUUUGACGAUGGUACACUGCAGAAUCGUACCUUUCUCGUACUGACAGCUAUCUCACCACCGUACGGUAUGCUCAAAGACUCGCCAAUCAAGCUUACCGGUAACGAACGUUUCGAGGGUUUCGGUAUCGAUCUGAUCCACGAGCUAUCGCUGAUGCUCGGGUUCAACUACACCUUCAUACUGCAGGAGGAUGGUGUAUACGGUUCGCUCAACAGAGACACCAAGAAAUGGAAUGGCAUGGUACUCGAACUGCUUGAAUGGCGAGCGGACCUAGCCAUUACUGAUCUCACUAUCACGUCCGAUCGUGAGAGUGCCGUCGACUUCACGAUGCCCUUCAUGAAUCUCGGUAUAUCGAUCCUCUACCGAAAGCCCACCAAGGAACCACCUUCACUGUUCUCCUUCAUGUCACCGUUCUCGAAGCAGGUGUGGUUGUACCUUGGUGGUGCCUACAUGAUGGUAUCGAUGUCGCUCUUCAUCCUUGGCCGUAUCUCACCGAAGGAAUGGGACAAUCCUUACCCAUGCAUCGAGGAACCGGAAGAGCUGGAGAACCAGUUCAGCUUCAGCAACUCGAUGUGGUUCACGAUCGGUGCCCUUCUGCAGCAAGGUUCCGAAAUUGCACCCAAGGCUCCAGCAACACGUGCCGUUGCCUCCAUAUGGUGGUUCUUCACACUCAUCAUGGUCUCGUCGUACACAGCCAAUCUGGCCGCUUUCCUAACCGUCGAGCAGGUCGUCUCGCCGAUCAGUAAUGCGGAAGAUUUGGCAGCUGCCGGUGGCGUUAUUAAGUACGGCGCAAAGCGAGACGGUAGCACGAUCAGCUUCUUCAAGGAUGCCGAGUACGGGACGUACGCCAAGAUGUACCAGUACAUGAUGGCCAACCAGGAUCUGCUUACCUCAUCGAAUCCGGAGGGUUUGCAGCGCGUCAAGACGGAAAACUACGCCUUCUUGAUGGAGUCCACCUCGAUCGAGUACAUUGUGGAGCGAGAGUGUGAUGUGACGCAGAUCGGUGGACUGCUAGACGACAAGGGGUACGGUAUUGCCAUGCGCAAGAAUUCACCAUACCGUAGUGCGCUCAGUGAAGCGGUACUACGUCUUCAAGAGCAGGGUGUACUAACCUCACUCAAGCGCAAAUGGUGGAAGGAGAAGCGAGGUGGUGGUGCCUGCUCGAACACGAUGGAGGAGGGUGGAGCACUUGCGCUCGAGCUCGCCAACGUAGGCGGCGUCUUCGUGCUGCUGAUCGUGGGCUGCGUCGCAGCACUGUUCGUAAGCUUCUGCGAGAUGCUCUGCGAGGUGCAUGGUCGUACGCGCGAACUGAAGCAAAGUACUAGCGAUGAUGGUGCGGAGGAGCUUGACAUGGACAAUGUCGGUGGCGUAUUUUUUGUCCUCUUUGUCGGCUGCUCGUUUGCCAGCCUGUUUGGCUGCUGUGAACUGUUCUUCGUCAUUGCGAACCGUGCUAGACGGCACAAGGUACCGUUCCGUGAGGAACUCAUGGCUGAGCUGCGCUUCGUUGCCAAAUGUCACGGCAACACUAAACCGGUACGGCAUCGCAAAAGCUCUUCCGCUUCUGGCCAGAACUCACUCGCCUCGGGCAUCGAGUCGGCGGAACAGUCGGCCACUUCCAGCAAGCAGGACAUUUCCGUCCCGGCAGGCUUGCAGGAAGCACCCGGUGGUGAUCGCCAGCGUAAACAAAAUGGUGGAAAGUCGGCACUCAACGGUAAUGCCCAGAAGGAGAUGUUAAACGACUAA